GCGGGGAGGCGCGGCCCGGCCGAGAGCGAAGAAAGAGCGAGCCGAGCCGGGCCGGGGGAAGAGGCGCCGCGCCCGGUCCCGCGCCCGCUCGGCGGCCGACGACGAUGUGCCCGGCUCCUGCUUCGCUCGCGUCCUCCCUAAGACGAUUUCCAUAGUAACCCGAUCAAGUGGCUCAGGACCGCAAACCUGAGGAUUUCCGCCGGCCCGCCGGCGUUGACCUCGGCCAGCUGGAUCUCUGGGACUCGGCCGGGGAAAAAUUGAGCUGAUUCAGAACCAGAGGUCAGGAAAAGGUUCUGAAACUAAGAAAAAUAACUGAAAUCCUGAUUCUCCAAUUCUUCCCCUGGCAUGUAUAUAGGAGUACUGUACUUUUGUAUUAAAAUGGAGAAUUGUGAAGACAGGAAGAGGUAGCAGUUGGAAAUGACUCUCCUGGAUGAGUAGAUCACUUGGGAGUCGUCCGCAUUACAGAACGAUAUGCUGGUUUGGAAGGUGCUGGAACUAAAUUGCAAACUUUCAUUUUUUUCAUUCAACCCAUGGAUUUUCUAAUUGUUCCUUGGAGUAGAUGAAGUCCGAAGCCAGCGUGUGAUGGGGCAUGAGGCGUGCCAGUGUUUUCCUACUUACUGCCUCUUGGAUUAGUUUGCUGCCAUUUUGAAGAGUUUGCAUUUUUGUGGGCAAGGACCUAAUGUGAUGGAUUUAUCUUCAGAAAUGAACAGGCAUGGGAAGAAUCCGGUGAGUCACAAGCUGGAAGACCAGAAGAAGAUUUACACUGACUGGGCCAACCACUACCUGGCAAAAUCCGGCCACAAGCGGCUGAUCAAGGACUUGCAGCAGGACAUCGCGGACGGGGUCCUUCUGGCAGACAUCAUCCAGAUCAUUGCAAAUGAGAAAGUCGAAGAUAUCAAUGGAUGUCCAAGAAGUCAGUCUCAGAUGAUUGAAAAUGUCGAUGUCUGCCUUAGCUUUCUGGCAGCCCGAGGAGUAAACGUUCAAGGCCUAUCUGCUGAAGAAAUAAGAAAUGGAAACCUAAAAGCCAUCCUAGGGCUCUUUUUCAGCUUGUCUCGCUACAAGCAACAGCAGCAUCAUCAACAGCAGUAUUACCAGUCCUUGGUGGAGCUUCAGCAGCGAGUGACUCAUACCGCGCCUCAGUUGGAAGCCAGCCAGGCCAAAACCCAGCAAGAUAUGCAGUCCAGUCUGACAGCCAGAUAUGCAGCUCAGUCUAAACACAGUGGAAUUGCAACCAGUCAGAAAAAGCCUACUAGGCUUCCGGGGCCCUCUAGGGUGCCAGCUGCGAGCAGCAGCAACAAGGCUCAGGGAGCCUCCAAUCUCAAUAGGAGAAGUCAGAGCUUCAACAGCAUUGACAAAAACAAGCCUCCAAAUUAUGCAAAUGGAAAUGAAAAAGACUCCCCCAAAGGACCUCAACCAUCUUCAGGUAUAAAUGGAAACACACAGCCUCCCAGCACUUCUGGGCAAACCCCAGCCUCAGCCAUCCCUUCCCCGAGUGCCAGCAAGCCCUGGCGCAGCAAGUCCAUGAAUGUCAAGCACAGUGCCACCUCUACCAUGCUGGCAGUGAAGCAGCCAAGCCCAGCCACGUCUCCCACACCAUCUUCAGACAGACUGAAGCCCCCUGUCACAGAAGGGGUCAAAAGCGCUCCUUCAGGACAGAAAUCUAUGCUUGAAAAAUUCAAGCUGGUUAAUGCCCGGACAGCACUACGCCCCCCUCAGGCUCCCAGUUCUGGAUCAAACGAUGGUGGAAGAGAAGAUGAUGUCUUUUCUGAAUCAGGAGAAAUGGAAGGUUUUAACAGUGGUCUGAAUAGUGGUGGCUCGACAAACAGCAGCCCCAAAGUGUCACCCAAAUUAACCCCUCCGAAAGCAGGAAGCAAAAAUUUCAGCAAUAAAAAGUCUUUGCUGCAGCCAAAAGAAAAAGAGGAAAAGACCAGGGACAAGAAUAAAGCCUGCGCUGACAAGUCGGGAAAAGAAGAGAAGGACCAGGUGACGACGGAGGCAGCUCCAAAAAAGACUUCUAAAAUCGCAAGCUUGAUCCCAAAGGGCAGCAAGGCUGCAGCGGCCAAGAAAGAAAGCUUAAUUCCAUCGUCCAGUGGAAUUCCAAAGCCAGGCUCAAAGGUGCCCACGCCAAAGCAAACUAUUUCACCUGGCAGCGCAGCAAGUAAAGAGUCUGAGAAAUUCAGGACUAGCAAGGGAAGCUCUUCUCAGGCCUUCCCAAAGGCCAUCACGACGGAGAAAGCAAGCACGCCCAGCCUCUCUACCCCUCUGGACGGGCGGGAAGCUGGGCAAGCAUCUUCCUCCAGCUCCUGUGUUAUGCAGGUCGCACACAGCAGUGGACAGAGCCCUGGCAAUGGAGCUGUCCAGCUUCCUCAGCAGCAGCAGCACAGUCAUCCCAACACAGCCACGGUGGCUCCGUUCAUUUAUAGGGCACAUUCAGAAAAUGAAGGCACCUCUUUACCACCUGCUGACUCCUGUACCAGUCCCACAAAGAUGGAUUCUUCCUACAGUAAGACGGCUAAGCAAUGCCUAGAAGAGAUAUCUGGGGAGGACCCUGAAGCUCGGAGAAUGCGCACAGUCAAGAACAUAGCAGAUCUGAGGCAGAACUUGGAAGAGACAAUGUCCAGUCUUCGAGGGACCCAGAUAAGCCACAGCACCCUGGAGACAACCUUUGAUACGACUGUGACAACUGAAGUGAAUGGAAGGGCCAUCCCCAACCUGACAAGCCGACCUUCCCCCAUGACCUGGAGACUGGGUCAAGCAUGCCCUCGUCUACAGGCUGGAGAUGCUCCCUCCAUGGGCGCUGGAUAUUCUCGAAGUGGUACCAGCCGAUUCAUCCACACGGAUCCCUCCAGGUUUAUGUAUACCACGCCUCUCCGCAGAGCUGCUGUCUCGCGUCUGGGAAACAUGUCACAAAUAGAUAUGAGCGAGAAAGCAAGCAGUGACCUGGAUGUGUCUUCUGAAGUGGAUGUUGGUGGAUACAUGAGCGAUGGUGAUAUCCUUGGGAAGAGUCUGAGAGCGGAUGAUAUCAACAGUGGGUACAUGACAGAUGGUGGGCUCAACCUAUAUACCAGAAGUCUUAACCGAGUCCCGGACACAGCAACUUCCAGAGAUGUCAUACAGAGAGGAGUUCACGAUGUGACAGUGGACGCAGACAGCUGGGAUGACAGCAGUUCCGUGAGCAGUGGUCUCAGUGAUACACUUGAUAACAUUAGCACAGAUGAUCUCAACACCACGUCCUCCAUCAGUUCUUACUCCAACAUCACUGUCCCCUCCAGGAAGAACACUCAGCUGAAAACAGAUGCGGAGAAACGUUCGACAACAGAUGAGACCUGGGAUAGUCCUGAGGAGCUGAAGAAAGCUGAGGGAGAUUUUGACAGCCAUGGUGACGGAGCUGCCAAGUGGAAGGGUGCUACUUCUGGACUUGCUGAAGACUCAGAGAAGACAGGGCAGAAAGCCAGCCUGUCUGUGUCUCAGACAGGCUCCUGGAGGAGAGGCAUGUCUGCCCAGGGAGGAACCCCAGCUACAGCUAGGCAGAAAACCAGCACAAGUGCACUCAAGACCCCUGGGAAGACAGACGAUGCCAAAGCUUCUGAGAAAGGGAAAACUCCUCUUAAAGGAUCAUCCUUGCAAAGGUCUCCUUCAGAUGCAGGGAAAAGCAGCGGGGAUGAAGGGAAAAAGCCACCGUCAGGCAUUGGAAGAUCGACAGCCAGCAGUUCUUUUGGAUACAAGAAGCCAAGUGGUGUAGGGGCUUCUACUAUGAUUACCAGCAGCGGUGCCACCAUCACAAGUGGUUCAGCUACACUGGGGAAAAUCCCCAAAUCCGCUGCCAUUGGUGGGAAGUCCAAUGCAGGAAGGAAAACCAGCCUGGACGGGUCCCAGAAUCAAGAUGAUGUUGUCCUGCACGUGAGCUCGAAGACCACCCUCCAGUACCGUAGUUUGCCCCGCCCUUCUAAGUCCAGCACCAGCGGAAUCCCUGGGAGAGGUGGCCACAGGUCGAGCACCAGCAGCAUUGAUUCCAAUGUCAGCAGCAAGUCAGCUGGGGCCACCACCUCCAAACUGAGAGAACCCACUAAGAUCGGCUCAGGGCGCUCGAGUCCAGUCACUGUCAACCAAACAGACAAAGAGAAGGAGAAAGUAGCAGUGUCGGAUUCAGAGAGCGUUUCCUUGUCAGGUUCCCCCAAAUCCAGCCCCACCUCUGCCAGUGCCUGUGGGACUCAAGGGCUCAGACAGCCAGGGUCCAAAUAUCCAGAUAUUGCCUCGCCUACAUUUCGAAGGUUGUUCGGUGCCAAGGCAGGCGGCAAAUCUGCCUCCGCACCUAAUACUGAGGGGGCGAAGUCCUCCUCCUCAGUAGUGCUCAGCCCUAGUACCUCUUUAGCCCGACAAGGCAGUCUGGAGUCACCGUCGUCCGGCACGGGAAGCAUGGGCAGUGCUGGUGGGCUGAGUGGCAGCAGCAGCCCUCUCUUCAAUAAACCCUCAGACCUAACUACAGAUGUUAUAAGCUUAAGUCACUCCUUGGCUUCCAGCCCAGCGUCGGUUCACUCUUUCACAUCCGGUGGGCUUGUGUGGGCUGCCAAUCUGAGCAGUUCCUCUGCCGGCAGCAAGGACACUCCAAGUUACCAGUCCAUGACUAGUCUCCAUACGAGCUCUGAGUCCAUUGACCUGCCCCUCAGCCAUCAUGGCUCCCUGUCUGGACUGACCACAGGCACUCACGAGGUGCAAAGCCUGCUCAUGAGAACGGGUAGUGUGAGAUCUACUCUCUCAGAAAGCAUGCAGCUUGACAGAAAUACACUACCCAAAAAGGGACUAAGAUACACCCCAUCAUCUCGGCAGGCCAACCAAGAAGAAGGCAAAGAGUGGCUACGAUCGCAUUCCACUGGCGGGCUGCAGGAUACUGGCAACCAGUCUCCUUUGGUCUCCCCUUCUGCCAUGUCAUCGUCAGCCACCGGAAAAUAUCACUUUUCCAACUUGGUGAGUCCCACCAACCUCUCCCAGUUUAACCUGCCUGCACCCAGUAUGAUGCGCUCCAGCAGUAUCCCCGCCCAGGACUCCUCCUUCGACCUCUAUGAUGAUGCCCAGCUUUGCGGUAGUGCAACUUCCCUGGAGGAAAGGCCACGGGCUGUUAGCCACUCUGGCUCAUUCAGAGACAGCAUGGAGGAAGUUCACGGCUCUUCACUGUCAUUGGUCUCCAGCACAUCAUCCCUUUACUCUACGGCUGAAGAGAAGGCUCAUUCAGAGCAAAUCCAUAAGCUACGGAGAGAACUGGUUGCCUCCCAGGAGAAAGUUGCUACCCUCACGUCUCAGCUGUCAGCAAAUGCUCACCUUGUAGCAGCUUUUGAAAAGAGUUUAGGGAAUAUGACUGGCCGUUUGCAAAGUCUAACCAUGACAGCGGAACAAAAGGAAUCUGAGCUUAUAGAACUGCGGGAAACCAUUGAAAUGUUGAAGGCCCAGAACUCUGCUGCUCAAGCAGCCAUUCAGGGAGCACUGAAUGGCCCAGACCACCCUCCCAAAGAUCUCCGAAUCAGAAGACAGCACUCCUCUGAAAGUGUCUCUAGUAUCAACAGCGCAACGAGCCAUUCCAGCAUUGGCAGUGGUAAUGAUGCUGACUCCAAGAAAAAGAAGAAGAAAAACUGGUUUGUACUGUCAGCAGGAUAUAACUUGAUUGUACCGCUAAAGUGGCCAUUUAAAACAAAUUGCCUUGAAGAGAGAAGAAGCCUUGGGAACAGAGAUCCCUUCAAGCUGAGAAGUUCUUUCAAGCAAGCCUUUGGCAAGAAAAAGUCCACCAAGCCGCCUUCCUCGCAUUCGGACAUUGAAGAGCUGACAGACUCAUCCCUGCCAGCCUCCCCCAAGCUACCCCACAAUGCUGGCGAGAGUGGCUCUUCAUCCAUGAAGCCCUCACAGUCAGCCUCAGCGUCACCCCUUGUCUGGCCACCCAAGAAACGAAAAAAUGGCCCCGUGAUCUACAAGCAUAGAUCCCGGAUCUGCGAGUGCACUGAGGCUGAGGCCGAGAUCAUUCUACAGUUGAAGAGCGAGCUCAGAGAGAAGGAAUUAAAAUUAACAGAUAUAAGGCUGGAGGCCCUCAGCUCUGCUCACCAUCUCGAUCAGAUCCGGGAAGCCAUGAACCGGAUGCAGAAUGAAAUCGAAAUAUUGAAGGCUGAAAAUGAUCGGCUGAAGGCAGAGACUGGAAACACAGCUAAACCUGCCAGGCCCCCUUCUGAGUCCUCAAGCACAGCCUCGUCUUCUUCUUCACGCCAAUCCUUAGGGCUUUCACUCAACAACCUGAACAUCACAGAGUCUGUUACCUCAGAUAUUUUGCUAGAUGACACUGGUGAUGCAACGGGACAUAAGGAUGGCCGCAGUGUGAAAAUUAUAGUCUCCAUCAGCAAGGGCUACGGUCGAGCCAAGGACCAGAAGUCUCAGGCAUAUUUGAUAGGAUCCAUUGGUGUUAGUGGAAAAACUAAAUGGGAUGUCUUAGAUGGUGUCAUUAGGCGUCUCUUUAAGGAAUAUGUGUUCCGAAUUGAUGCAUCCUCUAGUCUUGGUCUGAGCUCUGACUGUAUUGCUAGCUACUGUAUAGGAGAUUUAAUUAGAUCUCACAACCUACAAGUGCCUGAACUGCUACCUUGUGGAUACCUGGUUGGAGAUAAUAAUAUCAUCACUGUGAACCUGAAAGGGGUAGAAGAAAAUAGUUUGGACAGUUUUGUUUUUGAUACACUGAUUCCUAAGCCAAUUACCCAAAGGUACUUUAACUUGUUGAUGGAGCACCACAGAAUUAUCCUCUCAGGACCAAGUGGUACGGGAAAGACCUAUUUAGCAAACAAACUUGCUGAAUAUGUCAUAACAAAAUCUGGAAGGAAAAAGACAGAAGAUGCCAUUGCUACCUUUAAUGUGGACCACAAGUCAAGUAAGGAACUGCAGCAGUAUCUUGCCAACCUGGCUGAACAAUGCAGUGCAGACAAUAAUGGGGUAGAGCUCCCUGUUGUCAUAAUUCUGGAUAAUCUUCACCAUGUGGGCUCUUUGAGUGAUAUCUUCAAUGGUUUUCUCAAUUGUAAAUACAACAAAUGUCCUUAUAUUAUUGGAACCAUGAAUCAGGGAGUCUCUUCAUCACCAAAUUUAGAACUACAUCACAAUUUCAGGUGGGUAUUAUGUGCAAACCACACAGAACCCGUGAAAGGCUUUUUAGGCAGGUAUCUUCGAAGGAAACUGAUAGAGAUGGAAAUUGAAAGGAAUAUACGUAAUAACGACCUGGUCAAAAUUAUCGACUGGAUUCCUAAGACAUGGCACCAUCUCAAUAGCUUCCUGGAAACACACAGUUCUUCUGAUGUCACCAUUGGUCCUCGGCUCUUCCUUCCUUGCCCCAUGGAUGUGGAAGGAUCUAGGGUGUGGUUCAUGGAUCUGUGGAAUUAUUCCUUGGUACCUUAUGUUCUGGAGGCAGUGAGGGAAGGCCUGCAGAUGUAUGGGAAACGUGCACCGUGGGAAGAUCCCUCCAAGUGGGUCCUUGACACGUACCCAUGGAGUUCUGCAUCCUUGCCUCAGGAAGGCCCAGCUUUACUGCAGUUGAGGCCAGAAGAUGUUGGCUACGAAGCCUGCACAUCUACAAAGGAAGCUACAACGUCAAAGCACAUUCCCCAGACUGAUACAGAAGGGGACCCCUUGAUGAAUAUGCUAAUGAAGCUCCAAGAAGCCGCCAAUUACCCCAGCACUCAAAGCUGUGACAGCGAUAGCGUCAGCCACCGUGAAGACAUUUUGGAUACAUCUAUUGAAUCCACCCUCUAAAGGGUGAACGAGUUUAGGCAAAGGACUAUGUUUUUCAAAAGGUGUUUUAAAAGACAGGUAUUGUCACUAAACCACUGCCAGUAUGAAAAGUCCCCUGUCCAGGGCUCUGACCCAGAGUUGUGGUGUUCACGGAGGUAGCAGAAUUAGGUUGGAACUGCCAAGAUGCUAAAUUGAAGUGGGAGCUUAAGUUUAUUUUAUUCCUAGGCAUUUUUAUAACCAUGGAGUUCGCAACGGCUCCAUUGCUCGACUGGAAAGGGCCCUAAAGACGGGGCAACGGAGUAGAUUAGACACGGGAUAGUGAGACUGGACUUUAUUUUCUUCCUCUUUCAAAGUUUACAGUGCAGGCCUAUUUUUUUUCUUUUUCUUCCUUUUCUUUUUCGUGCCUUUCUUUUGUUUCCUCGGGGCGGAGGCUGCCCUUCUCAGGCAGGAUCCUUCUGAUCCAUGGGACUUCCUUUGUGCCACAUGGUGCUGGUGACAGGGCCCCAGUAGAGUUUGGGCUGUGUGCUCCCUCACUGCAGAAUGAACCCACGAGGCCAGUCCUCCAUAAGCACAAAGGGAAUUGUGCACCCACCGCAAAAUAAAACCGCCUGUGGCCAACGGGAAGGACCAGCUUCCUUCUAACUGCCGUGCGCUCCUCCUGAAGGGCGCUACCCUCACUUAGGGUAUGAGUCAUGGGUUUUAUAAGGUUGUUUUUACCACAGUGGUCUUUUCAAACCACCUGCCAACUCCCUGAACCAGAGUUUUAUACCAAUUAUUAGUCAACACUGACAAAAGGCUUUUUAGGGCUUUAUUUGUUUGAGCCUUUUCAGUGAAAGAAGGAACAUUUUCUAUGGUGCUGUCUCACUGCCUUAAACCAGACUUCAACAGUUUCAACAGUUCGUUUCAAUACUAAACCAUUGGUAAUUUCCACUGUCUCUUCAUUGACAACCAAGCAACACACCAGUUAACACAGCAGCCUCAUUUUCUGUAUCUCAUCUUUUUAAAUUUUCCUUUUCUUGAAGAAACGGAUAGGAGAAAGAUCAGUAUUUUUUAUCAUGUGAAUAAAGAGAUUUCUUUGCCUAUCCUGCAAAUAAUUCGAGAACCAUAGAACCCUUCUUUGGCCAUCACUUAAAAGCAGAGACAUGUGGCUGCAUUCUGCCUAGUUCUCAAAUGAGAGCAUUUCAGUAGGUGGGAGAUUUCUAAUCUGGAUCCAGUUGAACUACAAGCACUGGAUUCGGCAUGAGCACAAACCAUUUGGCUUUCCUCCCCUCAUGUUUAUCUUUCAAAGACAAAAGUUAGUUUUUGGUGCAUGUUGUUUUGAGUGCUAUUGUCAUACACGAGACAUUCUGCAUUAAGGAGCGCUGAUCUGGUCAGUCACUGUGGAAGAGGAAGCAUUUAUACUGUACAAGAAGGUUAGAUUUGCACAGUCUACUGGGUAGGUAUUGUAAAUAAUGAUUUUUUUUUCUCCAAACUUGCACAAAUUAAAAAAAAAAACCAGACACAAACAAAAAAUUGUAUUUUAUCCUGUUGGUGUUAAGAGGCGUCUCGCCUGCUGAGGCUCCCUGUCUGCUGCAAGCGAAUACAGAAUGCAAACCCUCAAAGCUGUUAUUAUCUGGUGUGUUUGUCCUGUACUUAACAAGUUGUUGUGACAAUGCAGGAGCCAUCAGUGCUAGAGUGAGCAUGCUUCAGAACUGUACAUGAGGCCGGUACAAUUUUGGAUGAGUAACUGUCUGAACGUACAUAUCUCGUGGCGGGCUAUUAAGACAGUGCCUGAAAACUAACCAGUCACUGGCAAGCAUACACCAGCCACAGAGGACAGGUUCCAAGUUUAUGAAACCUAAGGUCUAUGUCACGGUAGAGACGAAGCUCUGUGCACCUUUUAGGAGAUAUCAUUGGUGCUACCCUCUGUGACCACCUUUGGGUUGGUUUCCGUAGAGCGAAAUUAGCAAUGAGAGUUAUCUGUGCAGAUUUCGGAAUGUCGCUAAGUAUCUAGGUCCUUUCACGGUGCUACUGCCCCGAGGGAUACCAGACUGAACUGAUGCACACAGAAUUGUCACCUUGACUUUGGAACCUCAACUGUGGAUCAAACCUAUUGUGCAACAUCACUCUAUGUAGCUGGAUGAGUGGACUAGUCGCCCUUGUAUGAUAUGUGAGCUAAAGGAAAUUGCUCAUCUUUCAUUUUUUUCGAGACACACAGUCCACACAUGAGCAUCAAGAGAACUUCCUGCAAUACAUCCCAGUAGGUACACCUAGUUUACAAUUUAAACUAGUUUGUGAAACAUUUGUCUGUAUACAUUUUAUAUUUUGUACAUUUUUUGAUGUAACAUAUCAUGUAAAUAGGAAGAAGCAGUGAGAGAAUCAUCCGAAAAGUUUUGUAGUCUUUGUAAAGCCCCAUACAAUAAGUAUUUGGUGUCAAUGGAUCUAACGGGAUGAUGUAUUUUCUAUUGGUUUAUUGUCCCCCUAGCUUGUAAACCAGCUUGCAUAUAUUUUUUUGCAAAUGUGCACCCUGUAUCUGUCUAAAUUAUUACCUUGCCAUUAAAGUGGAAUUAUUUAUUGACAA